AUGGCAGAAUACAAAGGUGCAUCUUCCGAAGGUCAACGUCAAGCGAUGCUGGAGAAACAGCGCGCCAAGAUGUUGAGCGAUUUCGAAAAGCAAAGAGAAAAGAUUACAAAGGACAAUCAAGUCAAUGUCACUUCAAGCAAGUUUGUUACCCAGAAUGCAGACGUAGAGGGUUUUUUAAAGAAAGAAACGGUGGGUCUGUACAAGUUGGAAGACUUUCAAAAGAUCAGGAUGGAAAUUGAAGUGCAGAAAGAGAGGGAAGCGGCAAGAACUUCCGAGUUAAAGACUGACAAGCUCAAAAAGUCUAAAAAGAAGAAGAAGCCUGAAGUCAAGCUAUCAUUCGACAUAGAUGGUGAAGAAGAAGUUAGCGCAGAUAGCAAGAAUAGCCAAACUGGUGACAAGCGAAUUGGUGAUUCGAUAGAAUCUAUGCCAAAGAAGUCUAAAAUAGGUAAGAAUCCUAGCGUUGAUACUUCUUUCCUGCCUGACAGGGAACGAGAAGAACAAGAAAGAAGGGAAAGGGAGCAACUAAGGCUGGAGUGGUUACGGAAACAAGAAGAGGUUAAAAACGAGAAGAUCCAGGUCACAUACUCGUACUGGGAUGGUACUGGGCAUCGUAAGACGGUAACAUGCAAGAAAGGAGAUACUAUUACACAGUUCUUGGAAAAGUGUCGCCAGCAAUUUCAUGAGCUUCGUGGUGUUAGUGUAGAUAAUUUGAUCUACGUUAAGGAAGAUUUAAUCAUUCCCCAUCAUUACACAUUCUACGACUUUAUUAUCAACAAAGCACGUGGAAAAUCAGGACCGCUGUUCAACUUUGAUGUUCACGAUGACGUGCGAUUGACACAUGAUGCCACCGUUGAAAAAGACGAGUCUCAUGCAGGUAAGGUAGUCGAAAGAAACUGGUACGAAAAGAACAAACACAUUUUCCCGGCCAGCAGAUGGGAAGUCUAUGAUCCUGAAAAGAAUUAUGGCAAAUACACGAUCAAGGACACUAAUCAGAAUUAA